AUAUCUACCGUGUGUUUGCCAAGCUAUGCAAGGAGUAGGCAGUGUGGCUUUUACUCUUUGUAAAAUAAAGAAGGACCUGUUUGCAUUCUUGGAGCCAAAAUGGGAAAAACGACAAACUCGACACCCAACGCAGCAUAAAAGUUUAAAUUACAGGAGAACUUGGAAUGGAGAAAAUGAGAGAGUUGCUUGUUUCGAUGGUAUAAGCAUUUACAAAAGAGAUUUGAAUACACUAAAUGAUAACAGUUGGGUAUGCGACACCAUCGUAGACGUCCUGUUAAGGUACUACUGUAAAUUAGCAGAAAAAAGAAAUGCAAAAUAUUUCGCAUUUAGCAAUUUUUUUCAACAGAAACUGUCAAUAGAUGGACCUCCGUACGUAUUUUAA